AACAAUCAGUAGCGGAAGUGGAGCCUCUACUUUGAGGAUAAAGACAGUACCAACCCAGGCCCCCAACAGUAUUUCUAUGAAGACAGAUGGGUCCAUGUGGGAGCCUCCUACAUUCAGCAGUGGAAAAGGAACCUCUACUUUACGGCAAAAGAAAUCAAAAACACCAGCCCGUAUGAAGACUGACGAGUCCAUGUGGGAACCUUCUACAAUCAGCAGUGGAGAAGGACCCGCCAAUGCAUGUGCACAAAAGAAGACUGAAAACAUUUCAAAGAAAAAGCUUGAAAAUAUAUUCAAGGAAGUGGAGCAGAAAAUCAUUUCUACAGUGAAGGAUGAGCUGAAAAGAUUUAAGAAGCUACUUCAUCCAGAUUACUCAGCAUGCUGUGAGAAAGAGGUGGAAGACGAAGAGGAUCAGCGUAGUGGCAGAAUAGGAGCCUUAAAGCUCACUCUGUAUGUCCUGAAGAGCAUGAAUCUGGCAGAUCUAGCUGACACGUUACAAACCAAACUGACCCCUCCUUGUCAACAAAAGCUCAAAUUAAAACUGAAGGAUAAAUGUCAGAAAAUCAAUGAAGGAAUUUCAACUGAAGGAAACUCAGCACUUCUGAAUGAGAUCUACACAGAGCUAUACAUUACCGAAGGUAUGAGUGGUGAUGUCAACCAGCAGCAUGAGGUGAGACAGAUUGAAACAGCAUCCCGGAAAAUGGCAAGAGAGGAGACGCCCAUCAAAUGCAGUGAUAUCUUUAUACCUUUAUCAGGGCAGGAAAAGCCCAUCAGAAUUGUACUCACCAAAGGAGUUGCUGGAAUUGGAAAAACUGUCUCUGUACAGAAGUUUAUUUCGGAUUGGGCUGACGGAAAAGCAAAUCAGGAUGUCAUCUUCAUGUUUCCACUUCCUUUCAGAGAACUGAAUAUGCUGAAAAAUAAAAAACUCAGUCUCAUUAAUCUUCUUCAUUGUUUCUUCCCAGAAACACACAAAUUGAAUCCAAAGCACUAUAUACACUACAAAGUCAUUUUUAUCUUUGAUGGUCUGGAUGAGUGUCUGCUGCCGCUAGACUUUCAGAACAAUAUGAGCUUGAGGGAUGUAGAAGUGCCAUCCACAGUGGAUGAGUUGCUGACAAAUCUCAUCAAUGGGAAUCUAUUCCCCUCUUCUCUUAUCUGGAUAACGUCUCGACCUGCAGCAGCCAAUCAGAUCCCUCCUGAAUUUGUUGACAGGCUAACAGAAGUGCGAGGCUUUAGUGACCCACAGAAACAGGAGUACUUCAUGAAGAGAAUUAAUGAUCAGAGCCUGGCUAGCAAAAUUAUCACACAUGUCAGGCUAUCAAGAAGCCUCUACAUCAUGUGCCACAUACCUGUCUUCUGUUGGAUUGCAUCAACUGUUUUAGAGAGAAUGUUGGGUAAAGCAGAAAGUGGGGAGAUUCCCAAAACACUGACUCAGAUGUUCUCACACUUCCUCAUAUUUCAGAUCAAACACGACACCGAGAAGUACAGAGGCAAAAGUGAGAUUGAUCCUCAGCAGACUAAAGAAACCAUUCUUGCACUAGGAAAAUUGGCUUUCCAACAGCUUGAAAAAGGGAACUUGAUCUUCUAUGAGGAAGACCUGAAAGAGUGUGGUAUUAGUAUCCAAGAAGCAACAGAGUACUCAGGGGUGUGCACCCAAAUCUUCAAAGAAGAAUUUGGUGUGCACCUGGGAAAGGUGUUUAGCUUUGUACAUCUAAGCAUUCAGGAGUUCCUUGCUGCUUUGUAUGCAUUUCUGUGCUUUGUCAGCAAAAACCAUUUGACCACUGAACUCUCUAAACAAAACACUGAACUCUCUGAACUUUUCCGCCAGUCAACAAUCACUGGCUUCCUCAACAGUGCAGUUAAGAAGGCCUUACGAAGUGAAAACGGGCACCUGGACCUUUUCCUCCGGUUUCUUUUGGGUCUGUCACUGGAGUCCAAUCAGACUCUCUUACGAGGCAUCCUGACGAACACAGGCAGUAGCAGUCACAGCAAAAAGGAAACAAUCACAUACAUCAAAGACAAGAUUAAGGAAACUGCAUGUCCAGAGAAAUCCAUCAAUUUGUUUCACUGUUUGAAUGAACUAAAUGAUCAAUCUCUAGUGCAGGAUGUACAAGAAUACCUUCACAGAGAAGGCAGCCAUUCCCUCCACGAAGUCAGGCUCUCUCCUGCUCAAUGGUCAGCUCUGGUGUUUGUGUUGCUGCACUCAGUGGAAGAGCUAGAUAUGUUUGAUCUGAGCAAAUAUGACCCAUCAGAGGAAUGUUUUUUGAGGCUUUUGCCAGUAGUAAAAGCAUCUAGAAAAGUUGUACUAUCUGGCUGUAAUCUCACCACAAACUCCUGUGAAAAGCUAGCAUCAGUUCUGCAGUCAACAAACACUCCAAUGAAAGAACUGCACAUAAGUAACAAUAACUUGCAUCAUUCAGAGGUGGAACUUCUCGCUGCCGGACUAAGGAGUGCGCAUUGUAAACUGGAGACACUCAGACUAACUGGCUGUAGCCUUACUACAAACUCCUGUGAAGAACUAAAAAUAGCUCUACAGUCAGCAGGCUCCCCGCUGCUAGAACUGGACCUCAGUAACAACAGCCUGCAGGAUUCCGGAGUGGAGUUGCUCUCUGCUGGACUGAAAUGUUCACACAAUAAACUAGAGAUACUCAGGCUAGCUGACUGUAAUCUUACUGCAACCUCCUGUGAAAAACUCAGCUCAGCUUUAAAACUAACUGAUUCCUCACUUAAAGUACUGGACCUAAGUUACAAUGAAGUGCAGGAUACUGGUGUGAAGAUAUUGUCUGCUGAACUGAAGAAUUCACCCUGUAAACUGGAGGUACUUAGGUUAGCUGGCUGUAAUCUUACAUCCAACUCUUGUGAAAAAUUAACAUCAAUUCUACAAUCUGCAAACUCCCUGCUGAAGGAGCUAGACCUCUGUAACAAUGAUCUGCAAGAUUCAGGAGUAAAACUGCUCUCUUUAAAACUGAAGAAUUCAUCUUGUAAACUGGAGGUAUUGAGACUAGCUGGCUGUAAUCUCACAAUGAAUUCGUGUGAAAAAUUAAUGUCAGCUCUACAUUCAGCAAACUCUUCCAUUAAAGAAUUGGACCUCAGUUACAAUGCCCUGCAGGAUUCAGGAGUGAGGCUGUUCUCUACCAGACAGAAGAGUUCAAACUGUAAACUGGACAUACUCAGAUUAACAUGCUGUAAUCUUACUGCCAACUCCUGUGAAAAACUAGCAUCUGCUCUACAAUCUGCAAACCUACCCCUGAAAGAACUUGAUCUCAGUAACAACAAUGUUCAAGAUUCAGGAGUGGAGCUGCUCUGUACUGCACUGAAAAGUCCAAAUUGUAAACUAGAGAUACUCAGACUAAGUCUGUGUAACCUAAGGGACAAGUCUUGUGAAAAUUUGGGGUUAGUUCUACAAAUGGAAACCUCCCACUUGAAAGAGUUGGAUCUCAGUAACAAUGACCUGCAGGAUUCGGGAGUGGGGCUGCUUUCCACUGGACUAGAGAAUCCACACUGUAAACUGGAGAUACUCAGACUGUCUGGUUGUUUGGUUACCAAGGAAGGCUGUAUCACUCUGGCUUCAGCUUUAAGUGUAAACCCAUCAUACCUAAAAGAACUGGUUCUAACCUAUAAUCAUCCAGAAGAUGCAGGAGUAAAGCUACUCUCUGUUAAACUGGAGGAUUCACUUUACAAACUGGAAACACUCAGGGUGGAGCAUGCAGGACAGAGCAGGAUCAAACCAGCACUAAGAAAAUAUGCCUAUAAGCUCACACUGGACCCAAACACAGCACACAGACGUCUCUCUCUUUCUCAGGAGAACAGGAAGGUGACACGUGCAAGACAUCGGGAGCCAUACCCUGAACAUCCAGAGAGAUUUGAUGAAUAUGAACAGGUGCUAUGUAGACAGAGUCUGACUGGACGCUGUUACUGGGAGGCUAAGUGGAGUGUGAGUGCUGUAAUAGCUGUGACAUAUAAAGGAAUCAGCAGGAAAGGCGGCAGUAAUGACCGGGUGUUUGGAAACAAUAAGACGUCUUGGAGCCUGGACUGCUCUAAUGUCAGUUACUCUGCCUGGCACAAUAUGAAGGAAACUGUCAUACCCACCCCUUCCUCCAGCUCUAACAGAGUAGGAGUUUAUCUUGACUGGAUGGCCGGCACUCUGUCCUUCUACAGUGUCUCCCCUGACACAAACACUUUGACUCACUUACACACAUUCCACUCUACAUUCACUGAACCCCUAUAUGCAGGGUUUAGGGUGUGGGAUUCGGACUCAUCAGUAUGUAUUUGUGAAAUAUAAGAGCAUUCUAUGUGUUUGUGGAAGCGUUUCAGUUAAAAUACACUUCUACGCAUUGAGUUAUAUAAUUUCCAUCACAUCACAGUGCCAGUCCAUCACAGGCAUUUCCUAUCUCUACCAUGUAAAUAGGCAAAAUGGAACAGUAGGAGUCAGUGAUGUCUUAGUAUCCACUCAUGCAACAUAACAUUAUGUUAGUUGGGAUGAAUUUUCAUUGAUGCAUCUGCAUAUUUCCGAACACAAUCUAUAAUUUCUACUUUCAAAUACUGUCUUUCAUGGACACGGCAUCUAACUAGUUUUGAAGACUUGAAAUACCCAACUGUGAAUCUAUUAUUUUGGGCUUUAGAGGAUUUACGAUUUCACAAUGGAGCAUAUGAUGAAAAUUCCCAGUUAGGAAAUCAGGGCCAGAACCGAUUAAACAGUAAAACUAUGUUAAAAUAAACUAUGGUGAGCCUUAAUCAAGAGUAUGAUUAUUCAUUAUAGUGUAAGACUGUGCUGUAAUUAAAAUAUUAACUUUCUGAAUCUUGCUAAUGAAAAAAUGUGAUACUUAUAUAGACAGUGUUAUAUGUUUUUAUGUUUGUAAGUUCUAUAGCAAGAAAAAUACAUUUGGCCUACCCAAUUACACUUAAGUUAGUAUAUUCAAAAGUAGUAUAUUCAAAGGUAGCAUAUACAAAUGUCUUGUACCAUCUCUGUGGAAAUGAUUUUUUUCUCUUAAAAUAUGUCAUUUUUUUCUUUAUAAUGUUGGUUAUAGUUGGUUAAAGCUCUUUAUAUUAAGUGUGAUCAUCUUUAUUUCAUAAUUUGUUACAAGUAUACAGUGCAAGCAAAAUUUGAAUAAUGAUGUGCAGAACAAAUAUGUUGUGUAGCGGCAUCAGUUCUAGAACACAUACAAGAAGAAUCAAGAAAAGAACAUCCCUUUCUACUUCCUUCCCAUCUCGUUUGCAACUGACAGGACAUUCGAAUCAAAUGGAACUGAUAACCCAAUCAAUAUAAGAUAUUUCAGAAAAAAAUACCCAAACAGUUGUGUAUGUGUGAACUACCAAAGAAAAUACACCUCUGGUAGCCAGUCCACAUUUAUGAUUUGAGGAGAAUGGAGAAUUUAAAGAAAUGGCAUGGAUCCCUCAACAUUCUUGGGCUGAUUGUUUUUAAGUUGUUGCAUUUUUGCAAGAGAGCAUUGUAGCCUACUUAUUGUUUGUGUUCUCGCCUGAUGAAUUCUAUGAGAAAAAACACCUUGCUGAUGGAAGAGGUCAGUGUCAAAUAACCAAACAUGCUGACAGGAAGGCUACCUGAAUAACCACUCUUUACAUCUGUGGAGAUUAGUGCACAUCAAACCCUGAGGUGAAGAAGUUAUAACAGCAGAAGACCACAUCAAGUUGAAAGGUUUCUGAAACGUUUGAUAUUGUUAACAUGUUGGUGGUGGUUAAAUGGUGUAAGGAAUGUUUUUGUCAUACUUGUUUAUUUGUCACAAUGUUUUCUUUGCAUAUAUUGAACCCCUUGUAUCACUUGUCUUGGA